AUGGAUAACAGAUCGAUUGGUAAUCGAUUUCGAUCUAUUCUUUAUGUUCUUAUUCAUUUUUCUUGUUCAUUGAUUCAAUUGGCUUGUGUAUUUGCCAUAUUGGGCCUACAGAUAACAUUGACAGUUACUGAAACAUGUGCAUAUCGUAUUGGUGUUGGCUUUUGGUCGGCUCCAUUUUUGUUAGCUGCUCCCAUUAGUAUUUGGAUGUUAAUUUGGAAGCAAAAUGCUUUUUAUUGUUUUAUAGCAUUUAUUAUUCACAUUUUCUCAACGUUGCUUGCAAGUACUGUUAUUAUUAUCAGUUUUAUUGCACUUAUUGGACAAGUCGGAUCUCCAUGUUCAACAUCUUCAUCAUCGAAUAAUUAUUUUUUAUCAAUAAAUAUUUCUUUAAUUGGUGUCACAGUACUUUUUAAGUCAUUUAUCUAUGCUGAAAUCAUUGUACUCUACAUGCUUCAACGUUAUAUACAUGAACAGCCUAUUUUAGAUUCAUAUGAAAAGAAUUAUCGAAUUAUAUCAGAGGAUGUAAAUAAUAAAGCAUGGGAUUCCUUUGGAUCAAUUAUUACUAAACAGCAACAUAGUAUUAAUGAUAUAGAUGUUUAA